AUCAGAGAGAAAGAGAGAGAGAGCUAGAACGAGAGAGAAGAGAACAGAGCAAGGCUUGUUGGCCAGUCACAGACGCUCUAAGGUCAAAUGUAUCUCCUGACCAUUGUUCAUAUUAAUUACUGAUGAAUGGAGAAAGGUAGGGGAUGUGGAGUCGUGGACAUCUAAAGACCUUCAGGUCCAUUCCUGGGAAUGCUGAAGCCUCGGAGACCAUACGGCUGGACGAAACAGCACUGAUGAAUCAAGAAAGAACUGGUUUGACUUGUUGGCUACUAGGGGGCAUGUGGUGUAGUCUUUCCUGCUGUCACAGUUUCCAGUGCCUGCUAGUUGAGAGGGAGUCUUUAUCCGUUUCUCCAAGCUGUGUAGCACAUGGAGGUGCACGUCUUCUUUUUCCGAAGUCUGGCUUAAACAGAUUCACUCUGGGGCGACUCUGAAUUGUCUUUGCGGGAAGGUUUCACACUCAGCUCCUGCCGGUGUACACAGAGAUGGCCAUGGUGAGCGGGGGAUGGGCCAACCCCAACGGCAGCACUAAUGGACUCAGUGAGAAGGGUUACCUGCGGGGGGAGGAGGACGGUAGCUCGCCCCGGGCAGGGAACAGCGACGUGGAAGGUGGCGAGGAGGAAAAGGCCUGUGUGAUGGACUGUGUGGUAUGUGGGGAUAAAUCUAGCGGGAAACACUAUGGUGUUUUCACCUGCGAGGGGUGUAAGAGUUUCUUUAAAAGGAGCAUCAGGCGUAAUCUCAACUACACCUGCAGAUCAAACCGCGAGUGCCAGAUCGAUCAGCACCAUCGUAACCAGUGUCAGUACUGUCGUCUGAAGAAGUGCUUCCGGGUCGGUAUGAGGAAAGAAGCAGUCCAACGUGGACGUAUCCCUCCCUCCCAUGCAGGCAUCAGUCCUGCCUCAAUGGUUGGAGUGGGUGGGGAGGGUGGAGGAGCUCCAGGCAUGGGUGCUGAUUACUUCAAUGGUCAGCCUGUUUCUGAACUGAUCUCUCAGCUCCUGAGAGCAGAACCCUACCCAAACAGCCGCUACGGGGCCCAGUGUGGCCAGCAGCUUUCCGGGGCCAACAGUUCCAUUAUGGGCAUCGACAACAUCUGUGAGCUGGCAGCCCGGCUGCUAUUUAGUACCAUAGAGUGGGCCCGGAACAUUCCGUACUUCCCUGAUCUGCCUGUGUCAGAGCAGGUGGCCCUUUUGAGGCUCAGCUGGAGUGAACUGUUCAUUCUAAAUGCAGCUCAGUCUGCUCUGCCCCUCCACACUGCCCCUCUGUUAGCAGCUGCUGGCUUUCACUCCUCCCCCAUGGCUGCCGACCGUGUUGUGUCCUUCAUGGAUCAGGUGCGGGUAUUCCAGGACCAGGUGGACAAACUUGCGCGACUACAGGUGGAUUCUGCUGAAUACAGCUGUCUUAAAGCCCUCGCCCUAUUCUCACCGGAUGCGUGUGGUCUGUCAGACCCGGCACACAUUGAAAGCCUGCAGGAGAAAGCUCAGGUGGCCCUCGCCGAGUACGAGUGCAUGCAGUAUCCGGGUCAGCCCCAGCGCUUCGGCCGACUCCUGCUCCGACUACCCGCCCUGAGGGCUGUGCCCGCUAACCUCAUCUCUCAGCUCUUCUUCAUGCGGCUAGUUGGUAAGACGCCCAUCGAGACGCUUAUCCGGGACAUGCAGCUUUCGGGAAGCUCCAUCAGCUGGCCAUACGUCCCUUGACAGUAGAUGAACAAUCAAGAGGACUUGAUCCCAUGUCCCAUCUCAGGACUUUUCCUAUGAUUCCACAAUACCUGUGUGGAAAGAUAAUGGUCUUGUGUUUCUGUACUUAACAUGUAUAUACCGCAAAUCUAAAAGAUGAUGCACGUUCCUAUGCAGUUUAAUUGAGACACCUAGAUACAGGAUACCUCAAGUUUAAAUAAUUAUUGAAGGACUCGUGCAGAGGUUCUAUGGCAUACAUCAAACACGUUUGACAAGAGGAAUGAUAUACUUAAGACUGAUUAAUGUGUCAGCAGGAAGCUAUCGAUAUCUCUGUGUGCAAAUACGAGACACUCAUCCAAAGCUUUUAAGAAGAGCUAUGGUACCUUCUUAUUGAGAGAGCAAAGUGAACUAUUUUAAAAGUAGUGUAGAUGUACAUCAAGAAUCUUUAUAAAGGAAUGUAAUUUUGAGUCCAAGAAGUUGAGGUAUAUACCGUAUACUUGAAAGAUCAGUGGUGGGCUGUAUAUGGCUAUGCUUGGAAUGGAAUACUAGCAUGUUGCUUAUUGUGUACUGCACAGAAGACACUGCAUACUGCCUAUUGUUUUUCAUAGUAUGUGAAACUAUACAAUAUGCAAUGUUUCAGUCAGUACUAGUAUGCUACAUUAUUGUAACAUGACCUACAUACAUGUUUAAUUUUGUCCAGUUAUAAUCUUAGAAAUAAAUACAUUUAUUUUACAGUUAUAUUGUGGAUGCUAUUCUGGUUAAAUACUCACACUGGAUAUGGAAGGUCAGGUCAAGUGCAUUGUGUUGUGUAGAUAUAAACAUAGAAGGUAAUCCAGUUAAAAUUGGCAAAACUAUGCACAGUAUACAUUAUAUAUAUAUAUAUAUAUAUUGCAGAUAUAGUACAAGUGAUAUGGUAGCAUACUGUUUUGAACAAAAGAAGCCCUUGUUUUUGAUUGUCUUCUUUAAACAGUUCUAUUCACUUUUUUAAUGGGGCAAACAAGUGGUAGAACAUUUCCAAAGAGUAAAAUAUUUUUGCAUAUUAAAAAUAAAAAUGAAUGAUAUAUAAAAAAGCUUUUGUGUAAGACUGGAUAAAGAGGAUUUGGAUUGUAAUAUUAAUUCACAAAUAACUGGUCAGUUCUGUUACCAUACAUUGAUGGCAUUUGUAAUGCCAAAAUUGCCUGAGUAAGAACUUUUUAAGUGCCUUUUUUAUUUCACUCAGAAACAGGCAAAUGCCUGCAGAAAGUAAACCACACAAAAUAAUCAUAUAAAUUCUCACAUUUUUUAACCAUUAAAGGAUUAGUUCACCCAAAGCUGAAAAUUCUCACAUAAUUUACUCACCCUCAUGCCAUCCCACAUGUGUAUGACUUUCUUUCUUCUGCAGACCACAAAAUAAGAUUUUAGAAGAAUAUCUCAGCUCUGUAGAUCCAUCCAUCGAUGACAGCAGUCUCUAGAGACUUCAAUGGCAAGAUGUACAGUGAAAAAGGACUUAUAUUUUAGUCUGUGCUCACCCAAAACCAACUGAAUUGCUUCAGAAGACAAUGAUUAAACCACUGGAGUCUUAUACUGACUUUAUUUCCUUUUUUGGAGCUUCAAAGGCCUGAUCACUAUUCACCAUUCAUAGAAGGACCUACAGAGCUGAGAUAUUCUUCUGGAAAAUUACGUUUGUAUUAAGUAAAAGGAAGAAAGUCAUACACGUCUUAAAUCUGGCAUAAGGGUGAGUAAAUAAUGAGAGAAUUAUUAAUUUUUGGGUGAACAAUCCCUUUAAAAUUUCUUUAAUGCAUUUAAGCAACAUUAUGCCAACACUGUAAACUAAUCCUACUCAAACAUGUGACAUCAAAUAAAAAAGAA